CCGGAGGUGGUGGUGCUGGGAGGUAGUACAGGCGGUGGGAAAGGCAUGCAUAUUUUUUAAUUUUUUUUUACGGAGUUUUACUAUUUUUUAUUAAUUUUUUUAAAAAUAAAAUUAUUUUAAAAAAAAGUUUAUGAAUUUUUUAUUUUAUAAAAAAUUUUAUAAUUUUUUUAAUUAUAUUUCUACGAUUUUUUGAUUUUUUUUUCGAAUUUAUUAUGAAUUAAACAUUUAAUUAUGAUUUUUGACUAUUUUUAAUUCAUAUUUAAUGGAAGGGUAAGAAUGGAAUGCAAAAAUAGGUAUGUUUCCAAUAGAACUCAUAUGGUCCUAUUUUGGAAUAAAAACAUAGCAAGUCCUAUUUUAGAUUUUUGUCAUAGUUUUAGUCCUAUUUGAACUAAUUUCUAUUACUCCCGGAGGCCGAAUUGUCCAAGAGAGUUAUUUAAAUAUUCAAAAAACAUGAUUCGUGCAUGACGGGUAAAAAGUGACCGGUCGAGAGCACCUCUCUCCAGAUUUCCAUGAACUCUGGAUUCCAGUCGCCCGAGAAACAUUCUUAGCUCAUCGAUCUGGCUUUCAAAAAGUUUACCUUCCCCCCUCUCCGAUGGGAAAGGGUCGAAAAAAUGUGAAGGGUAUUAAAAUACCACAAACAGUUGCAAGAGUGUUGAUUGAGGUUGAUGUCUCUAAACCUCCACCUCUCUCUGUAAAAUUUAAGCUCAAGUCUGGAAGGUUCUAUAUCCAGUAUGUAAUCUAUGAUACCUUCCAUGAUUACUAUUUCCACUGUAAGAAAUUUGGCCAUCGCCCUUUCACCUGUAAUGUCCUACAUGAAUUCGAAAGAAAGGAAAGAGAGGAUGAAGUUAAUAAAAGACAAGUAGGAAUCGCAGAGAAACGUGGUGACCCGAUAAGAAUGGAAGCUAUAUUAGAAAAGAAAGAAACGACCCCUGAGAUAGACAAAUCUAAGGGUAAU